CCGGCGGAGGCGGCGCCCAUGGCCAGCACCGGCAGCCCUCUGUACGAUGCCGUUCCCAUCCAGUCCAGUGUGGUUCUGUGUUCCUGCCCGUCCCCAUCAAUGGUGAGGAACCAGGCAGAUUCCAGCUCUCCGCCUGUUGCUGCCCCCUGUGGCCGCAGACAGGGGAUGAACAUGGAGAGCACCACAGCUGAGCCAAGGGCCACUCCGAAGUCUUUGCAGCAGCCUUCGCAGCCACGGAAGAAACGCCCGGAGGACUUCAAGUUUGGGAAGAUUCUGGGCGAAGGGUCUUUCUCUACGGUCGUUCUGGCCAGGGAAUUGGCCACCUCCAGAGAGUAUGCUGUUAAAAUUCUGGAGAAGCGUCAUAUCAUCAAAGAGAACAAGGUGCCGUACGUGACCCGCGAGAGAGACGUCAUGUCGCGCCUGGAUCACCCUUUCUUUGUCAAGCUCUACUUCACGUUUCAGGACGAUGAGAAGCUCUACUUUGGCCUCAGCUAUGCCAAAAACGGGGAGCUCUUAAAAUAUAUCCGCAAGAUCGGCUCCUUCGAUGAGACCUGCACCAGGUUUUAUACUGCUGAAAUGGUGUCUGCGUUAGAGUAUUUGCACGGGAAGGGAAUUAUUCACAGGGACCUCAAGCCAGAGAACAUCUUGCUCAACGGAGAGAUGCACAUUCAGAUCACAGACUUUGGGACUGCAAAAGUAUUAUCUGCAGACAGUAAACAAGCACGGGCAAACUCCUUUGUCGGGACGGCGCAGUACGUGUCUCCGGAGUUGCUGACGGAGAAGUCGGCCUGCAAAAGCUCUGAUCUGUGGGCUCUUGGCUGCAUCAUAUAUCAGCUGGUAGCCGGUCUGCCACCAUUCCGAGCUGGAAAUGAGUAUCUUAUAUUUCAAAAGAUAAUCAAAUUGGAGUAUGAAUUCCCAGAGAAGUUCUUUCCGAAGGCAAAAGAUCUCGUAGAAAAGCUUUUGGUUCUAGAUGCAACCAAGAGGCUGGGCUGCGAAGAAAUGGGAGGGUACGAACCCCUGAAGGCCCACCCGUUCUUCGAUUCCAUCACCUGGGAGAACCUGCACCACCAGACGCCUCCCAAACUGACGGCCUACUUGCCUGCCAUGUCAGAAGAUGACGAGGACUGCUACGGAAACUACGACAAUCUCCUGAGCCAGUUCGGCUGCCUGCAAGUGUCCGGCUCUGCCUCGUCUCAGUCGCUGUCUGCCCUGGAGCCCGGCCCACCACCCAUGUCCGGCAAUAAUAUAGAGCAAUACAUUCACGACCUCGACAACAAUUCCUUUGAGCUGGACCUCCAGUUCUCCGAAGAAGAAAAAAGGUUGCUGUUGGCAAAACAGGCUGGCGGAAACCCCUGGCAUCCGUUUGUAGAGAACAAUUUAAUCCUGAAAAUGGGGCCGGUGGACAAGAGGAAGGGUCUGUUUGCUCGGCGGCGGCAGCUGCUUCUCACGGAAGGACCCCACUUGUACUACGUAGACCCUGUCAACAAAGUUCUGAAAGGGGAAAUUCCGUGGUCGCUCGAGCUACGGCCAGAAGCCAAGAACUUUAAGACCUUUUUCGUUCACACACCUAACAGGACGUAUUACCUGAUGGACCCAAGCGGGAACGCGCACAAAUGGUGCAAAAAGAUCCACGAAGUCUGGCGGCACAGAUACCACCAGAACGCUGCGAAAUGAAGCU